AUGUCGCGUCUUCCAAGAUGUGUUAAAAUUGUUGUUCAUGACGCUCCUCAGACCCGAAAAUGGCGUGUUAUUUUCAUCGGCGGUGAGAAGAAACAGGCCACUGGGAUAGUAGAUGAGCAGGAUGGGUUUCCUCGCUGGGAUUGCGAAGUUCUGAUAGCGCCCCCAAAACCAGUUGACAAUGUUCGAAUGCUAGUAGUGGAUGGAAAAGAACGUGAAGUUGGCCAAGUGAUCAUCAACUUGCCUGAUCUCUGGCCACCCUCCCCACCCCCCUCACUUGUUACCUCUCAGCUCCAUGUCCGUGAACUUCAAGCGACUAAACACAACCCCACACCCUGUGGUCAGCUGUCUUUCUGGAUUUGGGCAACUGACUACUGGCCGGAAGGCACUGUCCCAAUUUCUGGCUCUUCUGGAGGUCAUAGUGCUAAGCAAGCCAUCAAAGGAUCUCUCUCUCAUCUUGGAGCGGCUUUAAAAUCCUCCCAACAGUGA